UCAGACAGUGUUAUCUAUCCCCUCCUCCAUUUAUUUUUAGGGUUUCAACAAAGAAAGAAACAAACACCCGUGGUAUAUUACAGUCGGUGUGGUGUAAAUGGGAAAUCCAAAGCAAAAGUGGACUGCCGAAGAAGAAGAAGCCCUGCGUGCCGGUGUCGCAAAACACGGCACCGGUAAAUGGAAAAACAUACAGAAAGAUCCUGAGUUUAAUCCCCAUCUUUAUUCUCGUUCCAAUAUUGAUCUCAAGGACAAAUGGCGGAAUAUGAGUGUGAGUGCUAAUGGACAAGGUCCAAGGGAGAAAGCAAAAACACCGAGAGCAAGGAGCGCGGAUUCUCCUGCUCCAGUUACUCCAACACCAGGUUCUUUGGCUGCUAUCAUUGUAGCUGCUGAUCCGGCAUCUAAUGAUGCUCAUAUGGACGAUGGUUCAAGAUGUUUAUUAGAUGGGAGUUCAAAGUAUACUUCAUAUAUUUUUGAAGCAUUGCUCACCCUGAAGGAACCAAAUGGAUCAGAUACAAGUGCAAUUUGUAAUUACAUUGAGAAAAAAUAUGAGGUGCCCCAGAAUUUUAGGAGGUUAUUAAGUUCAAGGUUAAGAAGGCUCGUUACUCAAGCAAAACUUGAAAAGGUCCAGAACUGCUUUCGAAUUCAAAAGGAGGCAUUAAAUGGAGGAACCAAGGGCCCAAUCCCGAAACCCAAAGAGAACCGGCCUAGGUCUUCCCCUAUUAACAGUCAUCUUGGUGAAACGUUAGAAGAGGCUGCAGUUGCUGCUGCUUAUAAAGUUGCUGAAGCAGAAAACAAGUCGUUUGUAGCGGCAGAAGCCGUCAAAGAAGCCGAAAGAGUCUCCAGAAUGGCCGAAGAAGCUGAAGCCUUCUUACAGUUAGCCAAAGAGAUUUAUGAGAGAUGUUCGCAUGGCGAAGUGGUGAUGAUACAAUGACUUUUAUGUUUUCGUAAGCUUUGAUGAAGGGGUUAACUGUUAGCCAGCCUAUAACAUAGCAUGAAGGUGGUAGGUUCAUGUAAUGUUUAAGUUUGCUUUCUGAUGUCUUCUUGAUGCUUAGUAAAUGGCCCAAACUUAAAAACAUCUUCCAUGAAAAUUGUGAAUGUUCUUUGUAGUUUGUAGCUAUUGUUUUUUUCUAGCGCUUGAAAUCUGUUAUAAAA